AGAAAACACUUGAGGAGUGCUGCAUACGCAGCCAAUCGUCAUUGCAUUUGGCUGGAAGUAGGAGGCUGGACUUGGGAGUCAAAACAUGGCGAAAUAACAAGUUUCGCAGGUAGAAGCUUCGCCGUACCUGGUACCUUUGGACCGCAGUUUCGACAGAACUGGACGCCAAAGGACACGAUCGUUUAAGGAAAAGGAGAGCUCCAGUUAGUCUUAAACACACAGCCUGGCUGUGUUUCUCCCCCCUGGAUGGUUGGUAGUGCUAGGCGCGACUGUCAACACAGGAAAAAUAUGGAAUGAGAAAGUUUAUUCUGAGGAAAAAGACGAUUUAGCUUGUUAGCUCGGCGUCGUUAGCCACGGAUUGAUUACAGACACCUGAGUCGGUACUCUGAUUACUUUGCUGGGGAAAAAAAGUGGGAUUAUAUUUUUCCUGAGUCUUCGUAUAAAGUUUGGCAAGCAGAGACGGCGGGAGCUGAUUUUUAUUUGUUAUUUUUUAUUUUAUUUGUGCCGCUUUGAUUUAACUGCAGUAUCCCUUCCCUGUAGGGAUCUAGUGUUAGUUUGACGUUCGGUUCUGGUGCGGACGGACCCGGACGCCAUCACAUCACAGACGUUGCGUUCUUUUAAUAAAAAAAAAAAAUACUGCGUUGAAUACCAGUAAAUUUGUAGGCGGAAUUAUUAGUGUUUCUCUAUUACAUCUGCUAGGUUUUUUUUCCUUCUUGGAUUUUUAGAUCAUAUAUAUUUUUUAUUAUUAUUACAAGCUGGGAUGAUUUGCAGCAGCAGGAGAGACGCGGCGUCUUGUGAACAUGAACGCAUCAAGGUGGAGGUGCGUUUAGAGGCAACCAGCUGUUAGCUCGGAGCUGGGACGCUCUGUUCUGCUGUCGAAGCUUAUUUUAGACUCCUCGGAUUUUUAUUUUUUAUUCUUUCCAGUAGCUGACAUUUUUUUGUAAACCAACUGCUGUUAACGUUACAGCUCUUGGCGUGAAGCUAGCCUGCUGGGUGCGUCUCCGGCAGCUCCUGCGAUGGAUUUCCGACACUAAAGUGUUAAUUAAUAUCUUGAAUCAGCUGUGCUUUAAUGACCUCGAUAGACUAGCCCCAGAGGCAGCCACUUAUUUUAUUCUCAUCGUCAAAGUUGUUUUAUUUUUACUAAUAAGUGGCUAACUUGUUAGCUAACGUCAUAAGUUUGGCCAGCUAUGUCUGAAAACGCCCCCACGCGAAGCCUGGACGACAUAGACCUGGCAGCUCUGAGGGAUCCGGCAGGAAUCUUUGAGCUGGUCGAGGUCGUCGGCAAUGGGACAUAUGGGCAAGUGUACAAGGGCCGUCACGUGAAGACGGGUCAGCUGGCCGCCAUCAAAGUGAUGGACGUUACAGAGGAGGAAGAGGAAGAGAUCAAAGCUGAGAUCAACAUGCUGAAAAAGUACAGCCACCACCGCAACAUAGCCACGUACUACGGCGCCUUUGUUAAGAAGAGCCCACCAGGACAGGACGAUCAACUUUGGCUGGUGAUGGAGUUCUGCGGAGCAGGAUCUGUGACUGACUUGGUGAAAAACACUAAAGGCAGCUCUCUGAAGGAAGACUGGAUUGCGUACAUCUGCAGAGAGAUCCUGAGGGGUCUCUCUCACCUCCACGCCCACAAAGUCAUCCACAGAGACAUCAAGGGCCAGAACGUCCUGCUAACGGAGAACGCUGAGGUCAAGCUAGUUGAUUUCGGGGUGAGCGCUCAGCUGGACAGGACUGUUGGACGUAGGAACACCUUCAUCGGGACUCCUUACUGGAUGGCACCCGAGGUCAUCGCCUGCGACGAGAAUCCUGACUCCACCUACGACUACAGGAGUGAUAUUUGGUCUUUGGGGAUCACAGCCAUUGAGAUGGCAGAGGGAGCUCCUCCAUUGUGUGACAUGCACCCAAUGAGGGCCCUCUUUCUGAUUCCAAGGAACCCUCCUCCGAAACUGAAGUCCAAGAAAUGGUCGAAGAAAUUUAUGGAGUUUAUAGAGGGUUGCCUCGUCAAGACCUAUCACAGCCGGCAAAGCACAGAGCAGCUGCUCAAGCAUUCGUUCAUCAGGGACCAGCCCACUGAACGGCAGGUCCGAAUUCAGCUCAAAGAUCACAUUGACCGCACGCGCAAAAAGAGGGGAGAGAAAGAAGAGACGGAGUACGAGUACAGCGGUAGUGAUGAGGAGGAUGAGAAUCGCGGCGAUGACAGAGAAUCGAGUUCCAUCCUUAACGUGCCUGGUGAGUCCACGCUGAGGCGGGACUUCCAGCGGCUGCAGCAGGAGAACAAGGAGCGCACGGAGGCUCUCAAGAGGCAGCAAGCCCAACUGGCGGCUCAGCGCCGAGAUCCUGAGGAACACAAGAGGCAGCUGUUACACGACCGACAGAAACGCAUUGAGGAGCAGAAGGAACAACGGCGGCGCCUUGAAGAGCAACAGAGAAAAGAGCGAGAGAUGGUGAGGCAGCAAGAAAAAGGUCCCCAUCGGAGACUGGACGACAUGAGACGGGAGGAGGACAGAAGGAUGGCAGAGAGGGAGCAGGAGUUUAUCAGGCACAAGUUAGAAGAAGAGCAGCGGCAGUUAGAAAUCCUUCAGCAGCAGUUGCUUCAGGAGCAGGCGCUACUUAUGGAAUACAAGCGAAAGCAGCUGGAGGAACAGCGGCAGUCGGAGAGGCUGCAGCGGCAGCUUCAGCAGGAGCAUGCCUACCUGGUGUCUUUGCAGCAGCAACAAGAGAAGAAGCCCCAGCUUUAUCACUAUAAUAAAAACCUUGAGCCCAACAACAAACCUAGCUGGGCCCGUGAGGUUGAGGAGCGGACUAAGCUAAACAGACAGGGGUCACCCAAAAUCUGCACCACCGUCUCCGACACUGCCAUCCAGUCACGCUCCGACUCCAUCAGUCAGUCUGGAAUGGUCCAGGCUGCACAGACUCCACCCAUGCAAAGGCCAGUUGAACCUCAAGGGGGUCAGGGCAAGUUCCAGAUGGCUCACUUGGUCCCGCUGAAGCCUUAUGCUGCCCCUGUCCCUCGCUCGCAGUCCCUCUGUGACCAGCCCACUAAGAACAUGUCCGCCUUCCCCACUCAGGAUCCCUCCCCCACACCCCGCCCCAUCCGUUCCAGAGAGCUUGUUCGUCAGAACUCGGAUCCUACUUCUGAAACCCCGGUUCCGCAGUUGCACCAGAUCAGGGAAGAUCGUGGCCCCUGGAUCCGCCUCCCGGAUGUGGAGCUCCCACCCAAGAUUCCCCAGAGAACUGCAUCUAUUGCCACUGCUCUUAACACCAACCUUACCUCUGGCAUUAGGCACCCUGUCAGAGCCAGCAAUCCAGAUUUGAGCCGCAAUGAACGCUGGGAGAGAGGAGAAAGUAUGAACCUCAUAUCCGGUCUGCCGCAGACUGGCUCUCUGGAGAGGCAUCGAAUCCUCAGUUCCUCCAAAAUGGAGUCACCAAUUUUCUCCCAUGAAAGUCGUCAUAAGCCUGGGGAAUCCCGUACAUCCUCUCGUCCUGGGCGACCUGCUAGCUACAAGAGAGCUAUAGGGGAGGACCAUGGUCUCUAUGCUAAGGAGCGUGCUGAGGAGCCACCACGACCCCCAGUUAAGGCCAACGAUUACUCCUCCUCUUCAGAGAGCAGCGAGAGCAGUGAAGAAAGCGAGAGCGGCGAGGGGCCAGAGGAGGAAGAAAGUCCAACAGAUCGCCACAGAGAUGCAGACAGUGAUUCAGUCAACACCAUGGUGGUUCAUGAGGACGAGGGCGAGAUGGGGGAGGGCGAGCAAGCUGGAGGAUACGGGGAUCAGACCAUGCUGGUUCAGAGGGUGAGUCACCUCUAUAUGUAAGGGCUUGUUUUUGCC